UACUCAAAAUUUAAUUUAUUUUUUUCAAGUAAAUCAUAAAAAUAUUUAGUUAUUUUAAUUAUAACAAUUUGCAUUAAUAACGCGCAUCCGACUUCAUCUAUUAUCUUCUUAUAUCCAUUCCCUCCCCCGCCCUCACCUUCCCGCCUCAAUUAUUCUAACCACCUCUCCCUCUCCAUGUCCCCCGAAAAAAUGUUCAUCCCUACCCCCCACUCCCCCCUCCUCUCCCCCAAACCCUAUUCACCCAAUCCACCCUCUUCACCUCCUCUCCUUCCCCCUACAAUUCUCAUUCCCUUUCUCCGAUCCCCGCCCCGUAUGAGCCUCCGAUUCAUCUGCAAAGCCGCCGCCUCUGUUAGCGGCUCCGGCGCCGAGUACCCCGUGGGACAAUCCGCCGAACAGUUGGCAGGCGAAAGCCACGCGAAGCCGAAGAUGCGACGGAAAGUCGCAGGGGCCGAUCAGGAGGAGUUGCUGGAGCCGGAGGCGUUGGCCGAUCCCGAUAGCUGCUUCUAUGAGUUCAAUGGUGUUAAGAUCCACCACAAGGUUUGCCACAAUGGGGCCAAAGAAGAGGAGGCGGAUGCUGGGAAGAUUGGAUUGCCCCUGAUUCUGUUGCAUGGCUUUGGGGCCUCGGUGUUCUCGUGGGACCGUGUGAUGAAGCCGUUAGCGAGGGUGGUCGGUUCGAAGGUUCUCGCCUUCGAUCGGCCGGCGUUUGGGCUCACCUCGAGGCUGAGCUAUUUUGGGCAGUCGGGUAUUGGCGGAGGCGAUGCGAUGCCUUUGAAUCCUUACUCGAUGGCUUUCUCUGUUCUUGCGACGCUCUCUUUUAUUGAUUUAUUGGGUGCCCAAAAGGCCAUUUUGAUGGGGCAUUCAGCCGGUUGCCUCGUAGCAGUUAACACAUACUUCGAAGCGCCUGAGAGGGUUGCCGCACUUAUUCUUGUUGCCCCAGCCAUUGUUGCUCCCUUUCUCAUGCGAAAGGAGAAUCAGGUGGACAAGGGAGAGAAAAGAAAAGAUGAGAAUUCAAACUUGGAUUCGCGUGAGAACCCGUUUGUGAGGAUUUGGAGUGCCUUUUGCCAGUUAUGUAUGAAUCUUGUGGGGCUUGCUCUAAAAAUGGUGAAACGGAUGAGAGAUAUGGUUAAAACACUUUACGCUAGAGCUUUGUCGGUGGUUCUGCGAUCAACAUUCGCUGUAAUGCUGAUAAGAAUGAUCAUUGAUAAGUUUGGUAUUGUGGCGAUUCGAAAUGCAUGGUUUGAUGCAAACCAAGUAAACGACCAUGUCCUACAAGGUUAUACAAAGCCAUUGAGAGCCAAGGGUUGGGAAACGGCUCUUUUGGAGUAUACUUUAGCUAUGAUUUUGGAUUCGGGAUCGAAACCACCAAUUUCUAAAAGGCUAUCUGAGAUCUUAUGCCCUGUGCUGAUAGUGACCGGCGACACUGACCGACUUGUUCCUUCAUGGAAUGCCGAGCGUCUGUCACGGGCUAUACCAAACUCCACCUUUGAAGUAAUCAAGAAUUGCGGCCACUUGCCUCACGAAGAAAAAGUCGAUGAAUUCUUGUCAGUUGUUGAAAGGUUCCUACAAAGGGUUUUUGGUGUGCGAAAUGAAGAACUCUUUGAAGCAGCAGCGUGAAUAGAAUCUAUACCUAGGAAACCAGGUUUCCGGAAAUAUAUUAUGAUUAUCCUAUUUGGAGAAUAAAGAUAUUGCUCAAAGUUCAUCCAUUAAUCAAUUCGUUAUCCUGUAAUAUCGAAUUGAGCCGCCAAAGAUGGAUUGGCGAGCAUAAGUUGUAAAACAGGUGUUUUAAUACUCAGAAGUAGCUACCAAAUUAUGUAUUGUAAGUAGAAUAUCUGCCAAAGAAUUAUACGAACGCAAUUAUACUGUAUUCACAUUUUCUUGCUAAUGGAAAAUCACCAAUUUACAGUGCAUCCCGUAUUUGGAUGCAAUGUAUAGA